AUGAGCGGCUUCAAAGGAAUAGCCAAAGGCGGAUGGCAUCCAGGGGGCAAGGGAGAAGGCGGCAGAGAGAGCUGGAGAGCCGAUUUCAAAGGCGUCAACACGGUGGCAGCAUGGAAGAAUAAAGCUACGGGAAAGAGUACCGACCCCAAGGAAGAUCCUCAUGCACACGUCUCAGCACCACUAUCUACCCUGAAAGAUCCUUCGUCGUUUGGACCACCUCCAAAACACCGUGCCUACUAUGGAGACGCAGCUGGUCCGGCAAGGCCGCGGGCAACUAGAGCGGAGGAGCAAGCACCACGGCAAAUAGAAGAGGAGGAAGCGAAUAGACCACCGCCAGGACCAUAUACCGCAGACACAACCGGACUGAGCACCGCGCAUCUACCCAAGCCGCCAGCCUUCAGACCUGGGCAGACGACCGCUCCAACCGUUUCGCAAUCCUCGAAACCGAAACCGAAACCCAGUCUACCACCACGACUUCCACCAAGACAGAACUCUCACCCUGAUGAGUAUGCGCCCGCGCCGCCGCCUACAUACAGCGAGUCUACACAAAACAACACUGCCUCCGGAGGAUACUUGAAUCAGGGCGCGAUGAACAGGCUAAGGCAAGCAGGUGUAGCUGUGCCUGGGCUCGAGAGUGGACAGAACCCCUCGCCACCUGUACCUCCUCGCCAGACAGCAUCACCAUCGCCCAUUUCGGUCCCAGCUGUACCAGGUCGCAAUAGUUCGCAAAUGAACGAGCUGCGGUCUCCUUUCGCGAAUACGAACACCGCUUCAUCUUUCUCGCCGGCCGCACCUCCCUCAGCUGGAACAUCAUGGGCAGACAAGCAAGCCGCCCUCAAAACCGCAAACAACCUUCACAAAGACCCUUCCCAAGUCUCCAUAUCCGACGCGCGUAGCGCCGCCUCCACAGCAAACAACUUCCGCAAAAGACACGGGGAGCAGGUAGCGACAGGGUGGAAUAAGGCAAACGCUCUGAAUCAAAAGUACAACAUCUCGGGGAGGGUGAACAGUCUGGCUUCGGGUUCGAAGGCGAGUCCACCACCAUCGCCUACCAAAGGUGGGCUGGGAAAGAAACCUCCACCUCCGCCGCCGCCGAAGAAGAAAGAGCUGGGUGGGUCGGGGGAGCCGCCGCCGAUUCCGUUGGGGAGCAAACCCAAGUUUUGA